AGUACUUUAAUGUAAGGCUAUCAAGAGGUAUUACACUGAUCUGAGAGUUGAUUCAAGAGAGAUUCACAGAAUAGUUAUACGAAGAAACAUAUUUUAGAAUACAACAAAAGAAAGUGUCUGAAUAAAAAAUUUUGAAUAUGAAUAGAGUAGCAAAUAGUGCAACAGCAAGACUGAAGCAAGAUUAUGUGCGUCUUAAAAAAGACCCUAUACCAUACGUUGUGGCAGAGCCGGUCCCCUCGAAUAUAUUAGAAUGGCACUAUGUAGUAAAAGGUCCAGAGAAAACUCCUUAUGAAGGAGGAUAUUAUCAUGGAAAGCUUGUAUUUCCUGGGGAAUUUCCAUUUCAGCCUCCUAGUAUUUAUAUGAUUACUCCAAAUGGGAGGUUUAGUGUCAAUACAAGAUUAUGUUUAUCUAUUUCUGAUUUUCACCCUGAUACGUGGAAUCCAGCAUGGAGCGUAUCCACUAUUCUUACAGGAUUACUUAGUUUUAUGAUUGAAAAAAGUCCUACCACAGGUAGCAUCAAAACAUCAGAUUUCGAGAAGAAACAAUUUGCUGAAAAGAGUUUGGAAUUCAAUUUAAAGGACAAGAUGUUCUGUGAACUUUUCCCAGAAACUGUUGAGAUUAUAAAAGCAGAAUUGAAGCACAGGAAAGAAUUAGAAAUACAGGCAAAAAGUCAGAAUACAGCUUCUGAAGUUUCAUCCUUAAUACGCAACCAGCUGCAGAGGGAUCAGAGUCCUCUACACAGUGCAUUACACAAUCUCAUUGUCAUCAUAGGAUUUGCAGUAUUUGCUUAUACAGUGAAAUAUGUAUUGUGGAGCGUUACUAUGGAAUAAGUGAAAAAAAUGAAUGCCCAGCAUUCGUCUUUGUUCUUUAGAUAAAAUAAUGGAUACAAGAAAGUUGUGAUAACGAUGCGUGCAGAUCUUGAAGAAAGGUGUUGAAAACUCCUGACUGGGACACAGACACUUACAGCACAAUUGUGAUCUGUUUGCCCCUAGUCCUGUCGAACCUGUGUGGUACUAUUCAACCUCUUGGUUUUCGAGUACACUAGUAUACCAUGGGUGUUUGUUAGAUUUUUAUAUCAAGGUUACUUGUAAAAUACGAGUUGUACUAUAUUUGCAAAUUUUAAUCAGGAUAUUCGCAAAGCAAGGGGUAACAAUUCUGUGGAGAGUUCUACCUGUGAGCGUUUAUCAUCAGAAGCAGUGUCAAUAAGUUUUAUUAUCUAGUUGUCAGAGAGUUUAAGAUUGUUGACUGAGUCAGAUUAUUUCGGGCUAACACCAUUGGCUUUGAAUCGAGUUCUGUUACGCGAAUUUCCAAAGCAUAGUUCAAUCGUCGAACUAUAUACACUUAGCAAUUAUUUGGUAAAUUAUGUACAUGAAAGAGAGAGAGAGAGAGAGAGAGAGCGAGCGAGUGAGAGAGAGAGAGAGAGAAUGCAUGAAAGGAAUACAUUAAUAAUAAAAAAAAUCGUAGGGGCUUCCCACAAAUUCAGUGAAAAUCAAAUAUAACCUUGCCACAGUUUUCAUACUCAUUUUCCAAUUUUCUUUUUCAUAUCUA